GCAGCACCAGCAGCGGGGUCGCGGCGGCGACGGGGCCCCCCCUCCCCCCUUCCGGGGAGCGGCGGAGGGAUGUGGGGCUUUGCAGGAGGAAGGCUUUUCGGCAUCUUUUCGGCCCCUGUGCUGGUGGCGGUGGUUUGCUGCGCUCAAAGUGUGAACGAUCCUGGAAACAUGUCCUUCGUGAAGGAGACGGUGGACAAGCUUUUGAAAGGCUACGACAUUCGCCUAAGACCCGACUUUGGGGGUCCCCCAGUCUGUGUUGGGAUGAACAUUGAUAUCGCGAGUAUCGAUAUGGUAUCCGAAGUCAACAUGGUGAGUACCUUUCUUACUCUAGUUGUUUCCUCAACAAACGCAUCCCUGGCAAAAAUGUGCUCGAGGCCUCUGCUACCACAUUUUUUUUUCUUUCUGGACUGACUGAGAGGGUCCACAGGGGAGCUUUGGCUCUGUUCCGUGUAUUCUUUAUUGUUUGGCUUCCUCCCCUCCCUCCCCCCGUAUCUUUCUUUGCUGGGUGACUGAUCUGUUUGGGUUGCUUUUGAAAGCCCAGGGUAGGUGGGGUUAGGGCCAGGCUUUGUGCUGACUUCACUUUUCAGACAGAUAAUGCUUUAAGUUGGCAAUGACUCAGGUCCUAAAAAAUCACCUUUCCCCUACUAUAUUUCAUCGUCCACCUGAAAGGUGGGUUCCUUUCAAAGUUACUUGAUAAUUUCCGUUUGUCUUAAUUAGUUAUCUUUAGGGGCUUUCGAUUACAGGGAACGAAGAAAAAGUGGAAUGUGAGGAGAUGGUUUCCAGUUUUACUUCAAGUCGGGUAUUUUGACUCUCCAUUGUUCCGGGGUGGGGGUCAGACUUCGAGAAAUGGGGUAUAUAUUGAAAUCCUGGGAACGAAACUUGUAGCUCGGACAGCCGCUGUCCGAAGUGCUGAUAGUCACCCACCUGCUUCAAAACAGGAAAGCUAAUGCUGCAGAACGAGUUUUCUGAAAGAGCAGCUGCUGCCAGGAGGGAAGCCAAAGGCGAAUUAGGCGAAGUGUCACUUUAGGUUUAUGUUCAUGCUAAUAGGGGUUUGAAGGGGGGAAAAGCUUUUCAAUGUCUUGACCCGUUGGAAAGAAGGAGCUUUUUGCUGCUGAUCUUAGCUGUCUGUGUGGAGUUGGUCAAAUGUUCUUCCAUUUGGAAUACUUUGGAAAAGCAAAGAAAGAUAAAAUGCACCCCCCUUUAAAUUUCAAAAACACUUUCUAAAAUGGACUUUGAAAAAGUUAAAACCUUUGCAUCAGAGGCUUUAUUUUUUCUCCUCUUAAAUCUUAUGGCAGAAUCAAUUUAGGCAUUGUAGAAACUUUGGUUGCAGAUAUACAAAGAGUUGAGUAAAUAGGGAGCUACUUCCUUGGAGAUAUCCACUGGACUCUAGCAAUGGGGAUGUGUGGUUAAUUAAAAUUUUUGGUCCUAUAGGUAAACUACUUGACUUAGUGCAUUGAGUUUCUAAGAAAUAUUAUUAUGAAAAUUUUUCAGAAAUAAUUGAAUAUUCCAAGAUUCACCAAAUACUUGAUUGUUUGAUUGGAAGAAGUUUAAGUUAUGAUUUCUGGUAUUUUAAAAAGACAUCUGUUUACUGUCAAAUAGCUAUAAAAAGAACUUGAAAUUCAAAGUUGAAAUACAAUGAACAUGUUAGAGAAGGAAUCAAAGGGAUGGUAUGAAUUUCUUAUUUUAAUGAAAAAUGCUGCAUGCAUGAUUUUACUUUUAAAAACCAUUUUGAGUUUAACUCAUAUGUAAUUUGGAGUUGAAUUUCAAAGAACAAAUUAAUAUAUUUAUUAUUUCUAUUCUAUGAUAUGCAUUUUAAUUUACAUUUCCUAUUCUCUAGAGUUAUCAGUUUCAUAUACAAUGUAACUUAGUGCUUGUUUGAUGAAUAAAAAUAGUGAAUUGUUAACCUUAAGGUCAAGGAAAGACAAGAAUGAUUUUCUUUAAGCCUUUAAAUCAAUGUACAAUAUUAGGUAAUAGGAACUGAAGAAAACUUAAUCUAUAUAGUCCUUCUGAUGAAUUUUUAAAAAUCCAUCAGUUAUUUUUACACCAAAUUACAAAGCAUGCAACUAUAAAUGUUCCAAGUUUUCCAGGAACACAUAAGACAAGGAUAAAAAAAAGAUAUGUGGUAUUAAACAUGACAAAGAGUCUUUAGUAGAUUUUUAUAUUUUAAUCCAAUUAAUAUAUUUUUCAAAUGUUCAUAUUAUGCUACUUUUGCAAAAUUAACAUAUGUGCAAUAUGGUAUAAUAUACCAGAACUACAUCUUUAAGCUACCUAUCACAUCCUUCUGCUUAAAUAUUUGAAUGAAUAUUUGAUUCACAUAUGAUAAGAUGAUAGUACUGAAGGCUGAAAGCUACUUCCAUAGGGCAUUUCCAACAAUCUAGCAAUUCAGCAGCUUCUUUUGAAUCACUAAUUUGAUUCUUCCAUGUCAUCUAGAUAAAUUACUUUUAUUUGACCUUAUAUCUGCUUGUGAUAGUAACUUCUAUAUUCAGAUCCCUCAACUAAUGUACUUAGUACAAAUCACAACUGAAUAUACAUCAUCUGAUGAUUACCUUUUGCUAUAAUCUGCAUAGCAUGAAUAUGUAUCCACAAAAUGCUUGUGAAGGUUUCCACUUUACUCAAUUAAUGGCAAGAAUUUUCAAAGGCUAUAGUUAUUUGUGAUGGUAUGCAAAUAUUCCUAUUGAUAAUGGGAGGAUUUUAGAAAAGAUAUUUAGGUGUUGAAGCCCAAAGAAGAUAAAAAUUAAUUUUUUCUUUAAGUUCAGUUUUGAUAAAGUUGACUGGAUUUGAGCAAAUGUGACAGAAAAUUCAUCUAUGCCUAUGGGAGUUAAGGAUUUGUAAUUGAGAAGCUAGAACUUUUAAUUGUGAUAGAUGAGUUUGGGGUGGAAGAUAAGUAUUCUAUAUAGAAAAAUCCCACAUUUUGAAAACCAUCCAUCAGCAUUUUAACAGUAAUCAAUCAUAUGUAUCUUAUAGUUUGUGAUUCUAAGAUUGCUGCUUCCUAAUGCCAAGACAAGACAAGAGCUUCAAAAUGGAAAAAAAGAGUUGCUGUGUCUAGAUGAUGUCAAAAUAAAAGGACGGUAUAAUCAUAAACCUUAAGUUAGAAUGCAUCUUUGAAAUCAUCUAAAUUGCUACCUUAUGCAGAAAUCUCAUCCAAAACAGCACUGACAGAAGUUUACUCAUUUUCUGCUUAAACAUAUCCAUUGAUAAGAACCUCACUACUUUACAAAGCAUCCAUUUCCAAUCCACUUUUGGACAGUGCUGAUUAUUUGAAAUGUUAUUUAUGCAUUUGAAGUUGGGGGAGGGGAAGGUUGUCCAAACCUGUGAUUCUGUGGUAUAACUAAUACCUAGUGUGGAAAUACCCCAUUACUAAAUUUUGAUUAAUCAUCUACAAAUUAUUGUCUUAGAGAAUGAUCUGGGGACACUGAGAAGUUAAACAACUUGCCCAUGGUCACAUAGCUAGUACAUAUCAGAGUCAAAACAGGAACUGAAAUCUUCUUGACUCCAGAGUUGGCUUUCUAUCUACCAUACCAUGGUGCUUCUUUGCUUUACACAAUGUAAGACCUGAAUGAAUGUUUGUGAAAUUCAGUCAAAAAUAUAUUUAUCAUAUUAAAUUGCAUUUUCUUAUAAUUCUAACCAUUUAGUUUAAUAUAAUCAGUUGAUAACCAUUUCAAACUCUUUGGUUAUACAAAAUAAGUUGAUUCCUUUCCAAAAUAUAGCAGUCAUUCAAAUAUAUGAAAAUAGUUGUCACUUCUCCUUUGUCUAGGAAAACCUUGUUCUGAUUUCGUAUUAUAUCAUGGGCAUUUCUCUGAAUUUAAAAGGCUACCUUUGUGGAGCAUAGUCUACAAAUCCUACUAGGCUAGAAAGCCUUCAAAUAUAGACCUUUUACAUACAACAGAAUAAUAAUAUUAUAGCUAAAUUUGCAAAGGAUCAUCUCUAGUUUGCCUAUGAGGUAAUGUAUAUGUCAUGUAUUGUGGAGUACUUGUGAUCCAUAUCAAUGGAGGGAAUAUUAUCACACUCACGCCAAUGGAAUCAUAAAUUCAUGAGAUAUUGGUGUAUUGUGUUGUAUAUAUAUAUUUUUAAUUUUCUGAAAGAAACUUUCCCAAUUCAUUCAGGAUUUCUUUAUGUGGCAUAUGCUUCUAAUAAUUUAGUAUAUCAAUCACCAAUCUUUUAAAAUGUAGUAUCCAGAGCUGAAGACAAUACUCUUGUUGAUGCAACUGUAAUAGUUCAGAGUACAUGAGGAUAUUAUCUCACUUGUCCUGGAAUAAAGUAUUACUUUAAUACUGCCCAGAAUUGUAUUAGAUCUUUUAGCAGACAUGGCACAUUGUAGCUUCCUAUUGAUCAUACAGUCAAAUAAAAUUUAUAGUUCUUUUUCAUUAGAAGUGAUGAAAAGCAAUAACUCUUCUAUCAUGUACUUAGUCAUUUGAUUUGUUAAACCUAACUGCAGAUCUUACACCUGGCCAUAUUAUACAUUUAAAUUUUAAUGAUAAAUAUAAAAAUAAGAGCACAACCAAUUAAAGCAUUAUAUUUAAGUUAAUUAACUACAAUGCCAAGUUGUACCACUUCUCCUCAAUUAUUCCCUUAAAUCUCUAUCUACCAAAAUCUUUUGUCCAUUCAUUUACCUUAUUUUUUCUCUGGCACGAUCAUAGUAUAAAUUCUGUAUAGGUUCUGCUGUUUUUUCACUUAGCAUUAUUUCAUAAAGAUUUUUUUCAUAUCCCUUUAUAUUCUUUAUAUUUGUCCACAUUAACUACAUUAUAAUGUUCCAUUAUUUUAAUGUGCCACAAAUUAAUUACCCAUUUCCAUCAUUGUGGGCAUGGAGAUGGCUAGGAUUUGUUUUAAUUAUAAAUAAUGGUGCUAUGAAAACCAUUCAACUAUUUUUUCGUUCUUAUAACACUUUCAUUCUUUAUUCCCAACAAUGGAAUUGUUUAGUCAAAGAGUAUAAUGAUUUGAGUAACUUUUGAUAUGUAAUUCUAGAUGGCUCAAAAAUGAUUCUGCAAGUUUGUAAUUCUUUUAGCAAUGAAUGAGUAUAUCUAUUUCUCCAAUUCUUAACCUGCAUUAUGUCAAAUAACUUUUCGUUUUCUUUCUAAUCUGAUAGAGACAGUAUCUCAAAGCUAUUUUAGUUUGCAUCUCUUUGAAUAUUACCAAGAAUUUGAUGAGCGUUUUGUUCUAAUUAUUAUUAAUAAUUUUUGUUACUCCUCUUUAAAUCCUGUGUUUAUGUGCUUUGAAUACUUAUACAUUAAUUAUGAGAAUAUGUUGUGAUUCACAAAAGUACGUGUUUAGUGACAGAACUAUAAAGACAAUUAUGUAAACACCAAAUAAGAAAAGUUGCAUUUGCAUUUAAAAUAGCAUGUAGUUUAGCACUAGUAUUAAACACAAAGGAAAAACAUUAGAAUUAGAUAUAAAUAUAUGGAAUAUUUCUAAAUGAAUUAAUCCAUCAAUAAUAUCUUCAAAUUUAAUUUUUUUCAAGUAUAUUGCCAGAAUUUUUAUCUAUGGCAUUCUGGUCUUUUUUUUUUUUCUUUUGAUCUGUUUCUGCAAUUUGUGGGACUUGAGGAACUCCUAAUGUGGAAAUUUCAUUUGCUGAUUUAAAUUGUGAAAUAAUUAUAACUUAUAUGUUUACAAGUUUAGGGAAAUGGAGAAUUAAGUAGGCUUACAUAUAGACACACAGCUCAUAUAUGUCAGAGGAGGAUUUGAAUUCAGUUUUUUUUUUUUAAUUCCAAGGCUGAUCUUUUCUCAAAACCAUAUUUCCUAUAUUUGUCUCUCAGAGUUUAAUAAUGUAUGAAAAUAAAAAUAAAAUGUGAUAAGUUUGGCCCAACAGGCUGACAUAUUUAUCAAUGUUAUUAUCUUUUUUGUGUGUUCCAAAAUACUAUUCAGGAAACCAGUAUAAAACUUUUGUUUCUGAAAUUAACCUUUUCUAUCUUUGAAAGUUGGAACAACAAUUCAAUAAAUAUUUAUUAAUCUAAAAAAUUAUGUCCUAGGUGUUGGCUAUAAAAAUAGUUAUUACCUUUGUGGAACUUAUAGUGUCAAAGGAAAAUGAAUUAACACAGCUAAAAUACAAAUUAGAAUAUGAUUGAGUACUUGGUGGUGAGAUAUCCAAAUAGAAUGGCAUAAGGGAAGUAUUCUUUUAAUCUUUUUGAGCUUUCUGGCCUCUCUCUUGUUCUCCAAAGGUGUAUGACAUUUUUUUAUUAAUAAACUUAUCAUUAGUAAUAAACUACAUACAUUAGUAUGUAGAUGUCGCCAAAAAGCAUUUAAAAAAAUAUGUAGCCAUUCCAGAGGCUUGCCACAAAUAAUUACCUAGGAUAUAAGAAUCCCAUUUUUCUAAUUCCUCAUAUAUUUGCUAACCAUUAACUUUUUCCUUUCUUCAAAAAUAAUAUAGUUAAUAACAUAGCAAAAACAGUAUAUGUUUUAUGCACAUACAUGCAUUUGUAUACAUAUCUGGGUCCUACCCCCAAUUAAAAAUUAUUUAGUUUUAUAUCAUCUUUGGAUCUCUUAGUAUUUAUUUUAUAAAUACCAUCUACUCUUUAAAAACUCAGUAGCCCAUUAGUAUUUUUUUAAGUGCCUAAUGGAUUUAGGACAAAUUAUUCAUUCCUUAAAAGUAAUUAGGGGGAAAAUUGAAGGAGAGAAGUUAUUUUUCAACAAAAACAAUAAAUUUUGUAGAAACAUGGGAUUAUUUGUCUUAGUAAUGGGCUAAAAUUCUAAAAUUGAAAUUGUCUUUAUUUUUAAUUGAAUUGCUGAUCCUUGAAUAUUCUUCUAGUUAUUCUUUCAAAGCAGAAACUGAUCCUGAUAACUCUUUACAUAAUUAAGUAUAAAGUCUUCAGGUAUUAUCCUAAAUACAAAUUGUAGUAAUACUGACACUUAAUUUCUAUGAUUUAACCAAGUCUUAACUUAUACAUAUCAAAUGAUUAGAUCGUACAAAUUUAGCUUUACAUUGAUGACAACAUAUAGAAAGGAUUUAAUUUUUUAAAUGAUAGAUAUGUUAGAAAAUACUAUCUUUUUAAUUGUGAAACUUCAAAUACUCAAAUAAUAUAGUUCUUAAGAUACUUAAAAUGAAGCCAUUUUAACUAUUUCUUUCCAAUUUAUUAUGUUUUUCCUAUAAAAUCUCUUG